UGCCCUCACCACAGCUUCCUGUCGCACGAGGGUGGUGAGAAGGAGAGGCAGGCGGGGAGCGAGAGAGGGGCAGGUACAGCUGGGCACAAGGGAUCACCGCGCAGCUGGUAGCUGGGACGCAGGCCCCAACUCAGGCUCGGGGACCAGCGUCUUCCCCAGCCGACACAGAUCUCAACAGUCCAGCAAGGGAGCGUGGCCAUUGAGCCUCAAGAAGAACUCAGCUGCCUGCCUCCUGAUCCCAGACUGGGGCCCUCUCGGUCCCACAGCCCUGCUGCCACUCUGCCUAGAGGGGCUGCAGCCAGCGGGGCCCGGGGCAGGUGCUCUGCAGAUGGAAGCAGACACUCUGAGCCCCGUGGGGCUGGGCCUCCUGCUGCUGCCCUUCUUGGUCACGCUCCUGGCUGCCCUGUGUGUGCGCUGCCGAGAGCUGCCGGCCUCCUAUGACAGCGCUUCCACAGAGAGUUUGUCCCCGAGGAGCAUCCUCAUGAAGCCACCUCAAUUAACCGUCCUCCGCACACCUGCUGCUUCCUACCCUCCUGUUACUUCCUUCCCACCCCUGAGGCAGCCAGACCUGCUCCCCAUUCCGAGAUCCCCACAGCCCCUUGGGGGCUGCCAUCGGAUGCCAUCUUCCCGGCAGGAUUCGGAUGACGCCAACAGUGUGGCGAGCUACGAGAACCAGGGGCCGGCCUGUGAGAAUGUGAAUGAAGAUGAGGAGGAGGAGGACUGUCCCAACGAGGGCUACCUAGAGGUGCUUCCGGACAGCACCCCCGCCACCAUUCCCACAGCGCCCUCUGCCCCUGUGCCCAGCAACCCUGGAUUCCGAGACAGCGCCUUCUCCAUGGAGUCGGGUGAAGAUUACGUGAACGUCCUCGAGAGUGAGGAGAGUGCAGAGGCGUCUCUGGACGGGAGCCGGGAGUAUGUGAACGUGUGCGAGGAGCUGCAGCCGGUGACCAGGGCUGAGCUGGAUACUGUGAACUCCCAGGAGGUGGCUGAUGAAGAGGAGGGGGUGGGCGGAGAGGAAGCUCCCGAUUAUGAGAAUCUGUAGGAGGUUAACCGAGAGCCUGCUGCAGCUGGUCUGUCCUGGAACUGGACUUGCUGGGAGGGCUGAACUCAGCAGCUGGGAGUGUCUCUAAGGGAGUCCCACUUGACCUCUGCCUUGCCAACAGUCUGAGAAUCUCCCAUAACUUAUUGUCACUUUGGGGUCCAGUCUGGGUCCCCAGUAUUCCUCACCUUCUGGUAAAGCCUGAGAAUGAAUCUAAUUCCAGCCUGACUCUGUCAUGGAAUAAAG